AUGGAGCGGAAUGCACUUUCAGUACACCAAAAAAGGGGGGACGUAAACCUAGUAACUCCUGAUGAUAAUAACAGUUCUCAAGCAAUUUCUGCGAAUUGUUACUCUCAAGAGAAUGAACCAAUUCCUUCGAAUAGUUACUCUCAAGAGAAUGAUUUAUCUCAGCCAAUUCCUGCGAAUAAUCACCCUCAAGAGAAUCAACCAAUUUUUGCGAAUAGUCACACUCAACAGAAUGAUUUAUCUCAACCAAUUCCUUCGAAUAGUUACCCUCAAGAGAAUGAACCAAUUCCUUCGAAUAGUUACCCUCAAGAGAAUGAACCAAUUCCUUCGAAUAGUUACUCUCAAGAGAAUGAUUUAUCUCGACCGAUUCCAGGGGAUAGUCACCCUCAAUGGAAUGAUUUAUCUCAAACAAUUCCUUCGAAUAUUCACCCUCAAGAGAUUGAUUUAUCUCAAGCAACGAGGGAAGUCAUUCGAGAUUUAUUCUUUGAUAUUUAUGGGAAUCUUUAUUUUUAA